GGCCCGCCUUCGAUUUAAAUGGUCACGAGGACCCGCCCCUUCGCAUCCUCCUGCAUAGCAGCGGACGUGGAGAGAAUACAGGCCCCAAGAUGGCGGACUCAGUCAGCCUCAUUCGCUGCGUAGUGGCAGGUAAGAGGCCGCUUCCCAGGCCCAAGGUACCGAAAGCAACGCUGGAUGCCCGACCGCAGUCUUCCCGGGAGUACCACUCAUCACCAUCCAAGAGGGUCCGACACGAAGAGAACAGCAUCAAAUCCGUUAAACUGAAAGCGGAUGGCGGAGGAGACCAACAGCUCCACAAACACAGUUACGGCAGCCCCACAACACUGGGCUUCAGUCCCGUCAAGGAGAUCAGUCGUAGCGCCCCAGUGCAGGCACCUCUCCACAAAGUAUUCAAGCAAAGCGCGUUCCUCGCUUCUGCCUCCAAACCCAAAAAGCUCAAGGAGAAACGAGAGAAAGAGAAGAGGAGACACAAACCGCCCCCCGAAAAUAACACUGUGCUCAGCUGUGGGGUGGAGCAGGAGAACGGACAGCUGAAGUUGGUGCAGAAAGAGCACAAUGGCAAGGACAAGGAGAAAGAAAAGAAGGAGAAGGACAGAGAGAAGGAGCGGAAGAAACACAAAGUAAUGAAUGAAAUUAAGAGGGAAAAUGGGGAGGUGAAGUUGCUCCUGAAAGGGGCUAAAGAAAAACCGAAGUUGAACUUUGAGGAGCUGCAGAUCAGAAAGGCGAAGAAGAAGAAGAAAAAAAAGCACAGAGAGGAGGAGAGGCGACGGCGCCCCAAGAUGUGCAGCCGGUGGAGUCAGACGCCGUGCUCGGAGCCAACGGGGCUGCUGCCUCCCUGCAGCAGUGGGGAGGGGGGCUGUCCCCUGCUACCCUUUCUGAAAGAGGAGGGAAGCUGCAGCCCUUUGAGCCUCCAGCCUGUAGGGGGCGCUGAUUGUGCCGAGCGCCGGCUGCCGUGCAGCCCCGAGUUCCGCCGGUUCAUCCACGAGGAGAGGCAACCCAACGGAGGCGCAGUGGUGCUGCACGCCUACAGCCACGAGCUGUCCGCCCUGUCUCCCGCCAGCAUGGAGAAGUUCGCCCAGGAGUUUGUGACGCUGGCGUUCAGCGAGGACGAGAAAUGCGCAGCUCUUUACGUGAUGGGGAUCAUUCACGGUGCCGCCUCCUAUCUCCCAGACUUCCUGGAAUACUUCUCCUCCAAGUUCCCCAGCUCCCCUGUCAAAAUGGAGAUCAUUGGCAAGAAGGACAUUGAGACGACAACAAUGUCGAGCUUCCAUGCUCAGGUGAAGAGAACGUACUCCCAUGGGACGUACCGUGCUGGGCCUAUGAGGCAGAUCAGCUUGGUGGGAGCUGUAGAUGAAGAGGUCGGAGAUUAUUUCCCAGAAUUCCUCGGCAUGUUGGAAGAGUCGCCAUUUUUAAACCGCACGCUGCCCUGGGGGACUUUUUCCAGCCUGGAGCUGAAGAGUCCGACAGAGAGCGACGACGGACCCAUCAUGUGGGUGCGGCCAGGGGAGCAGAUGAUCCCUGUCGCUGACGUGCCGAAAUCCCCUUUCAAGAGGAGGAGGUCCUCCAAUGAGAUCAGAAACCUGCAGCUCCGCCCUCGGACCAGUGAGCCUCGGGAGAUGCUGUUUGAGGACCGCACACGUGCUCAUGCUGAUCAUAUCGGCCAGGGCUUUGAGAGGCAAACCACUGCAGCCGUGGGUGUGCUGAAAGCAGUGCAUUGUGGGGAGUGUGCGGAUCCCCCUCGGAUUACCAAAGAUGUGAUCUGCUUCCAUGCUGGAGAUUUUCCAGAGGUGGUGCAGAGGCUACAGCUGGACCUGCACGAGCCGCCCCUCUCUCAGUGUGUGCAGUGGGUGGACGAUGCCAAGCUGAACCAGCUGAGAAGGGAAGGGAUCCGCUACGCUCGCAUCCAGCUCUACGACAACGACAUCUACUACAUUCCCCGGAACGUGGUGCACCAGUUCAAGACUGUGUCGUCCGUCUGCAGCCUCGCCUGGCACAUCCGCUUAAAACAGUACCACCAGAGUGCAAAUGACAGCCCUGCCCCCUCUAACUACCAGCCCCCUGCAGACACUGCCCUCCCCAAAAUCAAAGUGGAACCUGUGGACACGCCUCUGGCAGAGGGAACUAAUGAACCGUCUACUUUUCACCUGCCGGCAACCGAGUUCCACCUAAACCACCACUCAAACACUCCAGCCAUGCCCACCCUCCUAUCCCAGAGUGAGAAAUCACAUGACACCCUGCACCCAAAGAUCCUGCUCUCCCCCCCAGGCACCCUGCACAAAUCCGCAAGCACCCCCUCGCCGGAGCAGCCGGCGGGUGUUUUGCUCUGAUCUGCACAGGCUGGGUUUGGGACCCCAUCUGUAAAGCAGUGUGGUAUGACUCUCGGCCUACAGUCCAGUGGAGCUGAGUGACUGCUCUCUGAGCCCACCCUGAGGUACACUGCGCUGUCAGGUCUCACAGCUGCAGCUCCUUAAAUUAUAUAUUUUGAAUCUGUCUGUCAUAGACCUGUUUCAGCUGACAUGAACAGAUAUAUUUUUUGUAAGAGGCUCCAGGCUUUUCCAUGGAGAUUAUUUAUACCAACUGUUUUUGUCCCAUGUUAAAUGUCAGCACUGUAGUGUAAACUUUUAUUAAAAAAAGAAAAUUGUGGUGUGACUAGUACCUACUAGUACCUAGUACCUAGUCCUAACACAGGGUCACAGUAUUGGAACAUUGUGAAUUAGGUUAGAGCCAGAAUAGUA